CAUACGCGUGUGAACACAUAAAUGCAUAUAAACUCGCGCGCACAGAUGCUUAGAUGCAUACAUACACACACUUGAGUGAACACACACAUACAUACAAACACACGUGAAUACGGAUAUACUGCCGUAAUGCUGUAAGGUGCAAGGGGGAAUAAGACAAAAUGUGAGGUGUUCAUGCCUUUAUCAAGGGCAAUUGAGACGUUUCAAGUAGAAUUUAUAAUUUAUAAUAGAACAAAUGAAUGCCUUGUAGUAGUUUCUCGAUAAGCUGCAGGAAAGAAGAAAUUUGACCGAAACAGAAGAAAAAACUGUGCUAUUCAUUAUAUAAUUCUGCAAAAGAAAUAAAGAUAAAUAAAUAAAGACGAGACCCAGAUAUAUAAAUCCAGCGGAACUUCAAUUAUCUGCUACCUAAAUGAAGCUUCCUGCUCUGCGAUGGUACCACCUUGUUUCCAGGCAAUACACAUUGCCUCGUCUGUUUCAAAGGCCCUUACCCCUGACUCUAGCAUCUCACUACAGUUACUCUAAGGAACCUCCAGUUGAUGCCAAACUUGUAGAGAAGUUGGAAAGGCUAUCCCUUGUUGCAUUUGACUCUGAGGUUGAUGUGCAACGGCUCCGACAAACUAUUAAAGCUGCUAAUGAAGUUCUGUCUGUGGAUACGACUGGGAUUGAACCUAUGAUAUCAGUACACGAAGACAGAGCACUGGAACUUCGGUCUGAUGUCGUCAAGGAAGGACACAGGAAAGACGCUAUACUCAACAAUGCUACGAAGGUCUUUGAAGAUUAUUAUGUGGCUCCACCUGGGAAUAUCCCACUGAAAAGAUCUUAAAGAGACAAGCUUGGAAUGGAAGCCCCACUGUUUCUGUACAUAUAUAUAUUUGUAAAAUAAAAUGUUCUCAUUGGUUUAA